UUUUUUUUCCGAGGGUGUUGUGUGCAGGAGACAGCUAUACUAAUACUCUCGGUAUUACUCUUUACAUCUUAAACCAUACAACUGCUUGGUUUCACUGCAAUGGUGUAUAAUGCAAUCCCUUCUCUUGGAUAGAAAAUUGGGCAACAUAACGCCGUUGGCGUUUGCCACCACAAUCUCUGAAAGCUACUAUGCUCGACUACACCAAACCGCAAAACACAACGUAUUUCCCAUCAACUGCCAUCACAAUGCCCUGGUCAACUCACUCGCCCUCGACCAAUCAGACUACCGGUUCUUGUUGAGCGGCUGUGCCGAUUCAUCCAUCAAACUUUGGGAUUUGAAGCAGACACAUACGCAGCGUCAAGAGAAUGAGGUGGAUGCGGCCUUGGGCAACGCCGACUACGACGAGUUUGACUAUGAUAACCCCAUAACUACAUUCACUAACGUGGCCACUAUCCCCAAGAAAUCUGUCCAUGAGUUUGGGAUAUCUGCUGUCCAAUGGUGGCCGUACGACACGGGGAUGUUUGUGAGUGCGUCGUUUGACCAUUUCGUCAAGAUAUGGGAUACCAACGAGCUAACACCGGUGCAUGAUUUCGACUUGGAAAGCCGGAUCUACGCCAUUGAUAUAUGUCGCAACGAGACAAACUCGCUAGUGGCUGCUGCUAGUGACAGUCCGUUUAUUCGACUAUUGGAUUUGAGGUCAGCCUCGAGUUCUCAUACUCUUCUGGGACACAAGGGCAAGACCCUUUCCGUUAAGUGGCAUCCUAUUAAUCCGCAUUUAUUGGCGUCUGGCGGGUACGAUGGGGAGGUAAAAGUAUGGGACAUUAGAAGAAGCAAUAGUUGUUUGUGUCGCUUAGAUAUGUUGCGGACCAAUAUUCAAAAUUCCUCGUCCUCCUCUAAUUUGACAAGGGAGUCGGUAAAGGCACAUCUGGGACCCGUUAAUGGAUUAGUGUGGGACGAGUCGGGUACUGAAUUGUAUACUACUGGGAAUGACGAUAAAGUUCGAGUGUGGGACAUGGUAUCUUCGCUAGCGCCUCCUGUUAACAAGUUGAUCAACUUUGGCCCGUUGACGAGAAACAAAUAUCCCCAGACAAUACCAAUUAUGUUGAAUCCCAAGAUCGAGACAGAAACGCGGUACCUUUUGUUUCCCUCGGAGAACAGUGACAUUUUUAUAUUUCGAACUAUUGAUGGGAAGCUAGAAGCGAGAUUGUCGAGAAAGGGAUCCAAGAAUGUAGGACGAACUUGUUCUAUGGUGAAUGCAGGACCAUUCACGGGAACUUACUAUUGUGGAACUAUGGAUGGAGAAAUCAUCAGUUGGAGUCCAAACUGGGUCAAACCUGAUGCGAAUGAUAUCAUACACACCGACCAAGAGAUGGACCUAGAUCUAACUGAUAUCCUCCAGAAAAGAAAGCAACAAGCUGAAGAACGAGCUUUGCUAUACUCAGAUCCUUACUUCAAGCUGUAAUAUGGAACAUUGUCUUGAUUUGCAGCCAAAAACUUGCAAAUUGGAUUGCACGCGUGUAU